ACAGAUGAGAAAAGGGGAAUAUUAAUUAAUUGGAAGAUGGGAAGAGGGAAAGUUGAACUGAAGAGGAUCGAGAAUACGACGAGUCGGCAAGUCACCUUCUCCAAACGUCGAAAUGGGCUUCUAAAGAAAGCUUUCGAGUUAUCCAUUCUUUGCGAUGCCGAAGUUGCUGUCAUCACCUUCUCACCUUCUGGUAAAGCUUACCAGUUCGCUAGUCACGACAUGGACAGGACAAUCGAGCGGUAUCGAAAAGAAGUUGGUCUCCCCAGCUCUACUAAUAAUCAUCGUUCAAAAACAACCCAGUUUUGGAAGACUGAAAUUAACGAUCUGAGGAAAUUGGUGGAGUCCUUGGAGACAAGACUGAAGCAUCUGGCCGGAGAGGAACUGUUAUCGUUGGGCAUGAAAGAUUUGAAGCAACUGGAGCGACAGAUUAAAACAGGAGUGGAACGCAUUCGAUCAAGAAAGAGGCGUCUGAUCUCAGAGCAUAUCAACUUGUUGAAGAUGAGGCAAAAAGCUUUGCAAGAUGAAAACGCUCAUCUCCAAAAAAUGCUGGAAGAUGCUAGCGCAAGUUGCAGAGUUUGGGGAGACGUCACAAGCAAUGCAGUUUAAAACUUAGGCUCCUCUUCACUGGUUGAGCUGAUUCAACUCUCAAGUCAUAUAUAGUGUUA